CAUAAAUAGUCACCUAUGCUUGCUGGGGUUGCCUCCUCCAUUCCUCAUAGAGCGGCAAACACAUUUGAGCCUGUCUUACUAGGUUUUCAACUUCCUAAAUAUAUCCGGGGAAAAAAGAAAAAAGAGGAAAUUGUGAUGGAUGGCACAAGACCUGAGCUACAUUUUGUGUUCAUGAACUAUGAUCCCGAAUACGAGCGCCUUCGAUCUAACAAAACAAAGAGAGGGGCGCACGAGCUGGAUUUGUACUUGAGUAGGAAACACGAGGAGGUUUUGGCCAAGAACCUGCAGGCGGGAACUUACAGGAAGACUCUCUCUUUGGUCAUUGUCGACGGUUUUGCUGUCGAGAUUACUGAUGAUCAGGCCAAUGUGCUUAGAUCUGCAGAAGAAGUGAGAAUCGUGGAGAAAAAUCAAGAACUUGCUUGAUGAUCGAUGCUGCUGGGGGAGAAAACUUAGUAGCGACGGAUUGCAACUUGGAAUCAUCCGUCGCAAUUAAUUAAUUUCUGAAAAAAGGAAAACUAAAGAAAAUGCUGGGCAAAAAGAUUGGGUAAAUGGAGGAAUUGUUGUAUGAGCGAUUGCUUAUUAUUUUGAGCAUGAAUGGUGUUAAAUAUUAUUUGUUUUA